AUGCAGUACUUACUGGUUGGUAUAAGAGAUAGUGCCGUGUGCGGAGACGCUGAUCUUAUCAACCGUCCUGUUUCCUCAUUCAUGAGAAAACGGAUAUCGUCUAAAUAUACGGGACAAAAGAUAGACGCUGAGAUUCUUAACAAUGAAGAUUAUGAAAAUUCUAUAUACAGGGUUGAAAUGGAAAAAAAUAUUUCAAAUAAUCACGAUUCUCACUGCUAUGAAAAUAAAGAGAUGAUUGCGGGCCCCCCCAUUAUUUCUAUCAUUGAUCCGGUUAUUGGUGACGAUCAUUCUAAUGUUGAUAAUAAAUAUACUAUGUUAAAGUCUAUAUCAGGUGGUAUUCUGCAAUGUGCCGGCGCCGAUGCUACAAACGUGAGUGUUGAUAAAUCUCUAGACACCACGGUGGAUAACGUAAAGCCUUUCGUCGUCGAUAAGAGCUGUCCAGACCAUGAAGGUUUGAUUCUAAUCAAGCGCCUAUGUGGGUGUGAUGUCGACUCGACAGACUAUCGAGAAAAUGGAACAUAUCAUAAAGAAGAACGAUCACCCGAAAUUGGAAUUGAAGUAGCACUAAUGAAGAAAGAAUUUGUCUUUGGAUAUUUCAAUAGCCACGGCGAUGAAAUGGCGGCAAUAAUAAAUGAGGAUCUUUUCAGUGGUGCUCCGGAAAAUAUGCACGAUUCAUUGAGUUACGAAAGUCACAUUGAACACGAACUGACGGAGAUGGAAAGGUACCAAAUGAAACGAUUGGCAACCAUUCCUUAUCAAUCGGAUGGAAGUCAUGAUGAUAUCAUUAUAAGGUCUAAUGCCGGUAGCCAUUAUAUGGAAACAGAUUUCAGACGAGGCGGGACUACUAAGUCUAGUAAUAAAAAACCAAAUACGGUUCAAACAGGAGCAGCAUACGUCACAAGUAUUGGUGAAUACAGAGUACCACCGUAUAGAUUUGCACUAAAAAAAUUAAAGUCGCGAUUUGCAGUGGGAAAAGAUCAAGACAAGGCUACUAUGAAUAAUACAUUUAAAGUUGGCUUAGAUAAAGUCAAUGUAAAAUGGUGGAAGAUUUUAACCUUUGGUAGAUGUAAGGGUAUUUAA